AUGGCUGUGGAAUUUGCUUCUGAUAUAUCCGUAGAACAGCUUGGUGAUGAGAUAGCAAAAGCUAUGGGCGAACGCGAUCCCAGAACAGUAAAAACCAUCGUUCGAGCCUGUGGAGUUGAUAAAGCUAUAGCGCUAUUCGAAGAGACACGGAAGGUUGAAUCAACAGGUGGAAUGAUGAUUGAAAAUGGACAACGAAGACGUACACCUGGCGGUGUCUUUAUUUCCUUAUUCAAGUUGGAUUCGGAUAUCCCUGAGGAUGUCAAGAAGCAAGUUUUCGGUGAAACUAAGCAGGAAGCACGAAAAUUGUUACGAGCUCGUAAGAAAGGCCACAACAACUUCGCAAGUGAAGUUGCAAAAUUAGCCGAACUAAUGAAGAAAGAGAAGGAGAAAAGCUCUGAAGAAGGAUCGGAAACCCUGAAACCGCUACCUUCAGUGGAAGAAGUUGUGCUCCAGAAGCAUAAUUCAGAAGCAAUGAACGUCGAUCACGAUUUAGAUGAGAUUGACGAUGAAAUGCAGUCAUGA